AUGAUAUUGGAAUACCUCCGAUUUUCUAAGGACACGUUAUUUAUUUACCUCCUAGUUCGACCAAAAGUGGAUAUUUCUGGAGCAAGCAAUCUCAUCAUAGAAGGAAACAGUGUGAACUUGACGUGUAAAGUUGUGGAGGGUCGGCCUGAACCUCAGAUCACAUGGCUCAAGAAUAAUACAUUGCAAGGACAGAGUUUGUCUCUCUUCUUUUCUGAGAUAACAAAGGAGGACGAAGGGCGGUACACUUGCAAGGCAGAGAAUGCAGCAGGCUUUGACACCAAAGACAUUGACAUUUCUGUAAAAGUUCCACCCCGUGUUAGUGAUGAGUUUAGAAAUCUCACCAUUGCAUUGAACUCCACAUUUACAAAAGAGUGUUAUUUGAGAGGUGACCCACAAGUAUAUGUCAACUGGACCAAGGAUGGAGUGCUACUUAAUAAAAACAACACCUUAGUUAUUGGACAAGUGACGUUUGAAGAUAAAGGCUUUUAUGAAUGUACUGCUGAAAAUGAUUAUGGAAAAGCAAACUCUUCCUUCUGGAUCGAUGUCACUGUAUCUCCCCAGAUUAUAGAGCCUCCGAUAAACCAGUCUGUUACCGAGGGAAACUCUGUGAACUUUAGUUGUCGAGCCUCAGGUGUGCCAACACCAACAUUAGCCUGGGUUUUUAAUAAUGCUGACCUGCCAUCUGGUAUCAAUCAAUUCAAUCACGAAGGAGAAUCAUUCCUGAAACUUUUAAGCGUUAAAAAAGGGAUGGAAGGGACUUACAAGUGUGAAGCGAAAAAUAAAGCAAAUACAACUAGUUCCUCUGCAACUCUGCGUGUUUACGGAAAAGCCUUAGCUCAAAUUGUUCCAGGUCAGUAUCCAGCACUCACAGCAGGAGACAACCUCACAUUGACCUGCAUCGUUAACGAAGAAACAACAAAUGUAACUUGGAAAAAAGAUAAAGACUCACUACCCGAAAGAGCAAAGAUUGAUACACGAUUCGAUGAAAAAAUUAGUGAACUUGCUAUAACUGAAGUUAGGAAGACGGACAGUGGUGUGUAUAAUUGUGAGGCACGUAACAAGCUCGGUUUUGUUGCCAAGUCCUCUGUAACAAUAGAUGUCAAAGGAAAAGCCUCUGCUCAAGUUGUUUCAAAUCAGUAUCGAGCACUCACAGUAGGAGACAACCUCACAUUGUCCUGCAACGUCAACGAAGAAACAAUAAAUGUAACUUGGAAAAAAGAUGGAGACUCACCACUCGAAAGAGCACAGAUUAAUACAAUACUCGAUAAACAAAUGAGCGAACUUACUAUAACUGAAGUUGUGAAGGAGGACAGUGGUGUGUAUUCUUGUGAGGCACGUAACAAGCUCGAUUUUGUCUCCCGUUCCUCUGUAAAAAUAAACGUCAAAGCGAAGCAAGUGCCACAAGCUAUGCAAAGUUUCAACACUUUGUGGUAUUACAUUAGUGGAUCAGUGGCGGCAGCGAUUGCCAUUUCGCUAAUUGCCUGGCAUUUCUGGAAGCGUCGAAGGACAGCUAUGGCUCUUCCUGACCAAGAGCAGGCAAUUCAGAUGGAGCCAUUGAAUGCACAGGUAGAUGAGUGGGAGGUUGCGGUGAACCGUGUCCUGCUACAAGACGUCAUUGGACGAGGGGCGUUCGGAGCCGUGUGGAGAGCUCUCCUGAGUUCACCCAAUGGACAACCUGGAAAUCGGACAGUGGCUGCUAAAUGUUUUACGCCCACUGCUGGAGAGGAGGGAAGGAAAUGUUUGAUGAGAGAAAUUGAGCUGGGGAAACUUAUCGGUGAAAACGUUUCGCCAAACAUUGUAAAGUUCAUGGGCUGCGUUACCACACAAAUUCACCCAAUACUCAUCAUGGAGUACUUGCCAUGUGGUGACCUACUUGGUUACCUCAGAAAAUGCCGAGGAGUGAGGGAUCGGUAUUAUCUUGGUGAGGGAAGAGCUCAGGAUCUGAACAACUAUGAUCUCGUGUUGUUUGCCAAACAAAUCGCCGCCGGCAUGGUGUUCCUUGGAACGCGAGGGAUUAUCCAUCGUGACCUGGCGGCUCGAAACAUUCUCCUCGAUAACAACUAUGUUUGCAAAGUGACGGACUUUGGUAUGGCAUAUCAAAGCUUCAAGUAUGGCCAUGGAAAUGCCAAAAAGGGAUGUUUGCCAAUCAAAUGGACUGCGCCAGAGAUUCUGCUGGGAGAGCUUGCUGGACUUUCCACCUUGAGUGAUGUGUGGUCCUAUGGAAUCGUUCUGUAUGAGAUAGUUACCCUUGGAGGAAUUCCGUACGACGGAUGGUCAGAAGGCAUGGUAGUUGCAGAGGUCACAAAAGGAUAUCAGAUGCCAAAGCCCGAUCAUGUUGACAACAAACUGUAUGAUAUAAUGAAAAGGUGCUGGAAUCGAAACCCUGACUUCCGUCCUCCUUUUGAAAACCUGCGACAAAGAAUGGACAAAUACAUUCGUGAAGAGACAUAUUUGGAACUUCUUGACAUGGGCGCUUAUGACAAGGCAAAAUACUCCAGGGUUGAAGAUCUGGGAAAUGAAGAUGCAGGACCAAGUGAGGAAGCUGCAAAGAAGGCCCCAGCUAAGAGAUUGGGAAAAUGGGCCAGUGACCGUCGUUAGGGUACAUAAUCGUCACUUCUCGGUGCUAAACUAAGUGUAGGUUUGUGUUAGUUAAAUUUCUCUCAAUAUUAAUAUUAGAAGAAUAUGUGAAAGCUUUGUCCUUGAUUAA